AUGCCACCUCGCCCCUUGACGCUCCCUGCUGCGGGCGGCUGGCCUGUCCCCACUCCCAGGUCAUCCCCAGAGCCCGCCGCGGUCCUGAGGGAAGGUGUGCGCCAGUGCCUACAGCAACAGUGCGAGCAGACGGUGCGGAUCCUGCACGCCAAGGUGGCCCAGAAAUCAUACGGAAAUGAGAAGCGGUUCUUCUGCCCCCCGCCCUGUGUCUACCUCGCAGGUCCCGGAUGGAGGGUGAAGCCAGUGCAGGGCCAAGCCCACCAGGCAGGGGAGACCGGGCCCGUCGUCUGCGGUUACAUGGGACUGGACGGCGCGUCCGGCAGCGGCGCCGAGACGCAGAAGCUGAAUUUUGAAGAGCAGCCGGACUCCAGGGAAUUCGGUUGCGCCAAGACCCUGUACAUCUCGGACGCAGACAAGAGGAAGCACUUCCGGCUGGUGCUGCGGCUAGUGCUCCGAGGGGGGCGGGAGCUGGGCACUUUCCACAGCCGCCUCAUCAAGGUCAUCUCCAAGCCCUCGCAGAAGAAGCAGUCGCUGAAAAACACCGACCUGUGCAUAUCCUCGGGCUCAAAGGUCUCCCUCUUCAACCGCCUGCGCUCCCAGACGGUCUCCACGCGCUACCUCUCUGUGGAGGAUGGGGACUUCGUGGCCAGUGCACGCCAGUGGGCUGCCUUCACUCUCCACCUGGCUGAUGAACACUGUUCCCAGGGAGACUUCCCGCCUCGAGAGGGCUACGUCCACUACGGCUCCCUGGUGCAGCUGAUCUGCACGGUCACGGGCAUCACACUACCUCCAAUGAUCAUCCGCAAAGUAGCUAAACAGUGUGCACUCCUCGACGUGGAUGAGCCCAUCUCCCAGCUGCACAAGUGUGCAUUCCAGUUUCCAGGUGGUCCUCCAGGAGGGGGUGGCACCUACUUAUGUCUCGCCACAGAGAAGGUGGUGCAGUUUCAGCUGAGUGGCGGGGGCGAUGUGGCAACCCUGGAGCUCCACGGUGAAAACCUCCACGCGGGGCUCAAGGUUUGGUUCGGGGAAGUGGAGGCCGAAACCAUGUACAGGAGCCCGCGGUCCCUAGUGUGCGUGGUACCAGACGUAGCCGCCUUCGGCAGCGACUGGCGCUGGCUGCGCACACCCAUCACGGUGCCCGUGAGCCUCGUGCGCGCCGACGGCCUCUUCUACCCCAGCGCCUUCUCCUUCACCUACACCCCCGAGUACAGCGUGCGGUCCGGGCCCCCGGGCGCCUCCGCGCUCGCCGCUGACGCCGAUGCGCUCCUGGAGAGCAUCCAUCACGAGUUUACACGCACCAACUUCCACCUCUUCAUCCAGACGUAG